UUCAUCGCGGCGCGUUGUUUUUUUUUUUUUGAAAAGUUGGUUGGGUCAGAUGGGCGAGCUAGCUGAGCGGGGAGAGGAGGCGGAGGUGAACAGGAAGAGGUUUAAAAAGGGAGAGGGGGUGGUUGAGUCGGAUGGGUUGAAGUUGCCGGACGACGGGCGGGUGACCGUCUCAGAUAAGACCAAUUUGCUAUUUGAAGAGUAUUACAGGAGAGUGGUUGGUUCGUCGGAGUUUGACGAGUUUUUGAAGGUGCUUAGGACCAACUUGGCCUGCACUUUUCGCGUUUGCCGGUACAGGGUGGAUUCAGAAAGGAUGAUAAGGAGGUUGGUCAAGUUGAAUGGUUUGGCGGAGGGGGGGGAGGCGACGGAGGGGGAUGGGAUGGGUCGUGUGAACGGGGUGGUUGGUGGGGGCGGUGAUUUUUUUGGGGAGAGGACGGAGAGUGAAGCGAACGUUUUUGAGGAGGCGUCUUCGAAGUUUUUUCCUCUAGUUUUUCCGAUUCCGUGGUUUCCUUCUUUGCUUGCUUGGCAGGUGGCGGUAUCUAGGGGCGACUUGAGUCGAGAGUCCGACUCGGUUUGUCGAGACAUUCAUCAGUUUUUGGUUAGGUAUUCCAAUUUGGGCUUAAUUACGAGGCAGGAGGUGGUUUCGAUGAUUCCGCCGCUGUUUUUGGACGUGAGGGCGAAUAGUUUGGUAUUGGACAUGUGCGCGGCGCCCGGGUCGAAGACGGUGCAGUUGGUGGAGAUGCUGCACGAGGGGAGCGAAAGGAGCGCGUUGGAGGGACGGCGUGGCGAGGGUGCGGGUGCAGGGAGUCGAGGUGUUGCAGAUGGGGGUGGGUUUGGUGAUUGCCUCGUUUCUGGCGUUGUUGUGGCCAAUGACGUCAAUGCGAAGCGUUGUCAUAUGCUCAUUAGUCAGUUGGUGCGUCUUUCGAGUCCGGCCGUGUUGGUGGUGAAUUGCGAUGCGCAGAAGUUUCCGUCGCUGCGGGGAUCGUCCGGAUCUGGGAGAGGGGUGGAUUUGGCUGGGUUUGAUCGGGUUUUGUGCGAUGUGCCAUGCAGCGGAGAUGGGACGUUGAGGAAGAACGCGGAUAUUUGGCUGAGUUGGAAUCCGGGGGUUGGGUUGUCGAUGCACAGAACGCAGUGCAACAUCCUGAGUCGCGCGGUCGAAUUGGCUUCUCUCGGCGCGAGGAUCGUUUAUUCUACAUGUUCGAUGAACCCGGUCGAGGACGAGGCGGUCGUGGCGGCGGUGCUGAAGAAGUUUGGCGAGGAGAGCGCAUUCGGACUUCAAAUUUUGGACACGAGUCAGGAGCUCCCGCGGCUCAAGAGGAGACCGGGAUUGCUGAGUUGGACGUGCAUGGGUCGAGAUGGCACUUGGUAUUCAGCACACGAUCAGUUGCCAGAAAGGCUCCAAUUGAGGAUUCCUUUGACCGUGUUUCCGCCGGACGAGGAGACAGCUAAGUCGUAUCAUUUGGAAAGAUGCAUGCGCUUUUUACCUCACGAUCAAGACACGGGUGGAUUUUUUGUGGCCGUCAUCGAAAAGGUCUCGAGGUCGAGUCCCGCCGAGUCUCCCGAGGGUUUGAUUGCGGAGGCUGCGCUCACGGGUGGUCCGUCGAGCGAGUGUCCGUUGGGGCUCGGUGGUUCGAAUCUGGACAGCGGGCCCCCGAUUGCGAAGAGGAGGGAGCUGUCGUUCUGCAGCCUCCUGGAUUCGAAGCACGAGGAGCUGUGGAAGUCGAUAAGCGCUUUUUACCAGUUGAAGGACCUCGAUUUGCGGGGUCAAUUGUUUUGCGCGUCAGAGAAGGCGUCGAAGUUGUACUUCGUGAGCCGGAUGGCGGGUUCAUACAUAAGGCGGUGUGGCGACCGGCUUCGGAUAGUGAGGGCUGGGGUGAGAGUGAUGAUGUACCUCACGAAUGCGCAGGGCAGUCCGUGUCAGUAUCGACUGGUCCAAGAAGGGAUAGAGGCGUUUUUCGCCGUUAUGGGGCCGGAGAGGGUGGUGGAGUUGCAGUCCGUGGCCGAGUUGGAGCGUUUGCUUUCGAGUUCGGGCGAGACGUCUUUCACGGAGUUUUCGCAUCUGGUUCGCGAGAAGCUCGAGUCAAUUGAGGUUGGCGGGGUCGUUUACAAAUACGAUCGCCCUCGUUCGAGGGGGAUGCCGAUUUUGGCGGUGGGGUGGAGAGGAAAGGUGAGCACGCACCUGCUGGUGAACGGAGAGAAGAGGAAGGACAUUUUGAGGAUGGUUUUGGAGGAUGAAUAGCUGGGGCAGGCGGGUGGUGAAGAGAUACGGUUGCAGCUGUCAUUUUUAUUUAUUUAUUAUUUUUAUUAUUAUUUUUUUUUUUGGUACAGGUGUCGAUCGGUCUCGGUCAGUUUUUCGUCUGAUGUCUAUUUUCUCAGGAGGGGCGGGUGUGCGGCGCAUGGUCCUUUGCGGCGCGGGGCGGA